AUGGCAGAAAAGAACCAGCAGGUGUAUCCCCUAGCCCCGGCAACGGAGGGCCCAAGGAGCGAUGUAGAAUCAAGCUAUUUUGCAAUCCAAGGAGCUUCAAAAGAAGAAAAGAUUGAAAUGCUUCGCCUAUAUUGCUUUACCGUGAUUAUCCUCGUAUUUGCCCUCACUGUUAUGCGCAUCAAAUCGCCUAAGGUCAGGUUAGGCGCUGUCACUAUUGACACUGUUGGUGACUCUGUAAGGAUAACAGCACAAGUGACGGGCAGUUUGGUGAUCCCGGAGGGAAGGGCCAAGGCACGAUCGACGAAAAAAGUUUAUAUCAAUGCAGAAUUGCUUCCUUCAAACACUGGCAAUGGGGUUUUUGGAGCUGAUAAGCCAAGCUAG